AUGAUCGCCAAGAACACGCAAGAGAAGUUUAAAGUCACCUUGACCUUGGUGUCAAUGACGCUGAUGCUCAUCUACAUCGAGAGCGUUUCCCUGCACUCGGACACAACUAAACAACCAAAAGCUAGUUCUCAAGAAAAGCUACUAGUAAAUUCUAAAGCAGUCAAAAAACCUCACCCAUCGCCCACUCCACUUCCAGUGAUCACCAACGAAAAGGACAACUGCAAGAAAACAAACCAGAUCGUUUUCGUGAAGACGCACAAAACUGCUUCAUCGACCGUGCAAAAUAUUUUGCUCCGCUUUGCCGACACUCAUAAUAUCCCAGUUGGACUACCAGCGAAUUCCGGCAGUCGUUUCUUCUAUCCUCGCAAGUUUCUGAAAGCAAUGACGAAGCCUCUUCUGGACGGUUCUUCGCCCGCAAUAAUCGCUCAUCAUCUAAGAGCUAGCGAUCAGCUGUUCAAUACAUAUCCCGAUUCCAAGUUUAUAACAAUUUUACGCUCAAUUCCUUCACUCUACGAAAGCACCUUCUCUUACUUCAAAACAGAAACAGCCCCUUACCGAGAUGCCGCGAAUUUAACAGAGUUCUACAAUGAGCCGGAGAAAUUCGUAGAUUCAAAGGAUCAAGUCGGUCCCAAUGGCGGCCGCGUUUUCGCCAAAAACCACAUGACAUUUGACUUGGGCUUUGAUCAUUUGUCCGCGUCGGAGGAGGAAAUAGAAGAGGCGAUCAAGAGCAUGGAAGAAAGAUACGAAUUGGUGAUGAUUUCGGACUACUUCGUCGAAUCGAUGGUCUUGCUAAAACACGCCUUUUGCUGGAACUGGGAAGACGUGGCAUUUUUCGCUUCCAACGCUAGGGCCAGCAACUCAGAAGAUCAAUUAGACGAAGAGCUUUCCCGGAAAAUGGAGGAGUGGAACCACUUUGACUUCAGGAUAUUUAGCCAUUUUAAUAACACCUUGUGGAAAAAAAUUGACGAAUUGGAAUCAUUUGAUGAGGAUAAAAAGACUCUUGAAGCGCUUCUGGAAGAGUUGAAAGAACACUGCCUGGAUUCCGAAGUCAUUUGUAGAAAGGGAAUGAGCUGUGGGAAGGCGACAAAAGUAGCAAUCAAGAAAAACACCCUUUCUGAAAGUGGCGCAGCUGACGAACGAUGCAAGCAAAUGGUCCUCAAUGAGACUGCAGAAGAGAUCGGCAAGCAAACAAACAACGGCGCGAUGCAAGACGGCGGGAUGCAAGAAUGUAUGAAGAAGCAAUGCGGACUAUCAACGAACAAGCCGCACGAGUUCGAGCGGAACUGGAACAACAACAAAAUGAAGCACAGACUCGGUCUUAAAAAGUCCGGGAAUAAAAUCGACGAGCACGUACUCAAGAGCGGCAUCGAUGAGCUCUCCGAGUUUAUUGACCCCACUACUAACGUCAUCUACACGAAAAUCCGCGCCCUUGGCAAAGGAGGCUUCGCCAAAGUCUAUCAGUGCAAGCGCGGGCACCCGUUCCCCGAAGACUACGCAGACGUCGCGCUCAAAAUCGUUCCUAAAUCGCGCGUCGCCAAGCCCAGCCAGUUGGAAAAGAUUAAGGGCGAAAUUAGUAUCCAGAGCACGCUAGAACAUCCCAACAUUGUCAAGCUGCUCACGAGCUUCGAAGACCCGACUAAAAUUUGCAUCGCCGUCGAGCUUUGCCACCGCAAGAGUCUCACUAGCUUGGUCAAGCAAAAGAACCAGGUGCCGCAACAAGAAGUGGCGCGAAUCGGGACCGCGAUCGUGCAAGCUCUGCAUUACAUCCACUCGCGCGGGAUCGUUCACCGCGAUCUCAAACUCGGCAACAUUCUGCUCACGAGCGAUGGCACCCCCAAGCUCGCCGACUUCGGCCUCGCCAUGUACUACGAACACGCAAAGCCAGGGAACAUCUGUGGCACGCCUAACUUCAUUUCUCCCGAAGUUCUCAAUGAGCAUCCUCAUCGCCCUCCAUCUGACAUUUGGGCUUUAGGCUGCGUUCUCUGCACCCUGCUCUCUGGAAAGUCAUGUUUCGACUACACGAACAUGAAAGAGACGUAUCAAAGAAUCCUGAAGCUGCAGUACAAUCUGCCCGACUGGCUAUCGGAAGAGGCGAAAGAUCUCAUCCGCAAAAUCCUCGUGCCUGAUCCGAACACGCGGCUCAAUCACGAGCAAAUCCUCGCCCACCCAAUGAUGCAGAAUACACCGAUGACAGGUGUUCUUUCGGAGCGCAGAGACAGCGAGAAAAACGUUCUCACUCACAACGCGCUCAAAAGACGAUACAGCGAGGGCUUCGGAAACCAGGGACAACGAUCCAACUCGAACAAGAACGUCGCCCCUGCACUUCUCUCUCCGAUGCACCAAGAUCCAGGAAGAAGUUCUGCUUUUGUGGGUUACAACACGAACCAGUACACCUUCAACCCACCGCCAAGGCUUGCGAUCAACAAUGAGACGAUCAUUCCGCCGGAGCAGCCUCAUAAUCCAACGACUCGACUCCUCGAAGAAAACCGAGUUGUUUGGAUCUCGAAAUGGGUCGAUUACACGAACAAGCUUGGAUUUGGGUACAAACUAUCCGACGGCAAAAUUGGAGCGAACAUGCCCUCGCCGAGCAAAUCGUUCAUCAUCCUCCGACGAAACGGCUUCAUGGCGGACGACUAUUCAGAAUAUAGACAGUCGAGAACGACGUUUAUGUUCAACGGGCAGAUCGGGCCGGAGCACAGCCGCCACAAGAAGAUACUUGACUAUUUCAUCAAGUACAUGAGGGAGAACCUGACCAGCGGCGCCGAAAAUCUCAUGCUUCUGAGCAGAGAGGCGUCCAACGACACCAUCGAUGUUCGACUCGUUCGCCAUCAAAAUUCCGAAUUCGAAGGAAGGCAAGCGAUAGCGAUGGAGUUGUCGAACGGGACCCUUCAGGUGAACUUUUCCGGAUCGCGUAAAUUCGUGAUCCACAAGCCGCGCUCACUGACAAACGCUGUCAUCCUGAUCAUCGACAGCCAGAGACAAGGACAGGCCUUCGACUGUUCGAACAUGAUGACAAUCCCGCACGAGGAAAACAAGAACCUCGAGCACGUGCACAGGAUUUUCCACAAAAUGCACGGUGACAGCGUCCACUGUUGGACCGCCACCGGAUGGGGCUCCAUCCUCUGCAGGUUGACCAAUGCUGUUGGUCAUGUAUAG